AUGACGGAGUAUCCGUUUGACGCCAAGGCGGAACGGAAAUUCCUGAUGCGUCACGUCUUCAAUCGGACGCUAGCAAGCCAGCAGAUGUCCCGCCGCCUUCAAAGGCAGGCCGAGCUGAAAGAGGCACGUGAUCAAUGCCCGGACACUUGGGAGCAAACUUGGGUACCGGAACCAGAGAUCCCGGUGACUGGCAUGAGGGAGGUCGAAGUGCCCGCGGAGCUUCGGGAGUGGCACUACGGUGUUCAACGUGACAUCGAUGCAAAGCAAUCAAGCUACGCAGAAGGCCGUUCCCGCCCAGCACCAGCUGUGGCCGCAUCCUCUUCAUCCUUGAACCCCCCCAUGGUGACUGCAUCUUUGGAUGAGGUGAUUGAUGCCAUUCCGUACCGGACCGAGGCUAGCCGCACAUUCUCUGCAGCGAAGGCCGCUCGCAAGUCCGAGGCCACUACGGAGGCACCCAGCUCCUCUACAGCCCCGCCCAGCGGUGGCCGAAACCUGCAGGUUAACCCAAGGGACUUGAUUGGGUACAAGGUCGGGGAUGACGACGACCUCAAUUACAUGCUCGGUGCCGACGACAACCAUUACUGCAGGCUCAGCAGCGAUAACCCUGAGCACGAUGACAUGAGGGUCAUCAAGAAGGGCGACAUCCCCAUGGACUACUUGCAGAAGCCCCCUCGCUGGGUGGAUCGAGUGUCCAAAUGGAUGAUCGGAGCAGUGAGGGGUUCGGUUGUGGAGUCGAGAAGCAGGGUCGGCAAGUGGAUCCGGGUAGAGGAACUACUGUUUCUGUUGAAACGGCGGCACAACGUCGAGAUCGGUCACCGGAUGCUGCAAUCAGUGGUCGCUCACGACAAUAAGGGCCGAUUCCUCCUCGCCGGGCAUGCCAAGGACCCGCGCAACGACUACAUUGACUGCGGGGUUUGGCCCUUAUGGAUUUCUGCCAGCCAUGGGCACAGCGCGCGGAUCCAGGAUGAGGUCGAUGAUUCCAGCAUCGCCACCAGAUGGCUAGACCCACGGAGGCGUGCCAUUGACCGAGUCCCAGCUGCCUACAAAGGCAAGCCGUUCCUGUGCCGUGACGACGAAGGCUUCCCGGCUCGUCUAUACCACCGGACCACUCAUGAUGCAGCCUUCCAAAUCCUUGAAGAUGGCCUCAUUCCAGGAUUUCGUGGCUCGGGGAAGUACCAUUGUUACUUCGCAAAGGCCACGUUAUCCGAACUGGGGAGCAGGGCUGGGGUGCGUGCCAACUUGCAUGUCGAACUUGUGUUCGACACGUUGGAAGUGUUGAAGCACUCCUACCUCUUCGAGACGGAGUCCGAGGGGAUCUUGUGUCGCGAGAGAGUCCCGGGUGAGUGCGUGUUGUACGUGAGGGACUUCGACAGCAACAUGACCCUGUGGACGCGACCGUCGCCGGGCGACGAGGACAUCGAGGUUAUCGUCGAGAUCGCGGGGAUUACCACUAUCGAAGAUGAUGACGAGCCCGCGGAUCUCUUCUCGUUUCCCGAGCCGGCCGAGCCCGAAGAGGAAGCUGCCAUCCUCUCUGAGAGCAUCCAGGAGCCCGAGGCCGAGGCUACAACGUUGGAUGAGGAAGUUCCAGCCCCACUUAGUGGAGGCCAUGGAGACGAUGAUGCACCGCCAGUUUCUGGCACCUCGGACACGCCAAUGCCCGCAAUCCUCGACGCAACAGCUGCCGAUGUUCUCCCUGAGGAGACGGCCUUGUUGGAAGAGGAUGACGGAACCACCAACCGCCCCGCCGACAUCACCGAAGCAGACACCACCAUGGCAAUGAUCGACGAUGAGCCGGAGGUAGCGGCAGCAGCAGAGGCACCGGUGGCACCGAAGGAAGAGCAUGUUACCAGACCUGCCAUCAACAUGCCAACGGAACCCCCGCAUCGCAUUCUGCCUCCUCCAGCCCCCUCAUCGGGUGGCCGUCGACGUGCCUGCCCCCAUUGUGGCACAUCACACUUGGUGGGACAGAUGGUGUGCCCGCGAUGCAAAGCUCAGCUGGCCAAAGCCACAGCGCAGAGCCAACGCAAGCGCAUCAAGACCGAUAGAUUUAGAUGGUUCCAGGAGCAAGCAGCUGCCCUUGCCACGGGCAAGGCACGCUCUCGUCUGACCGUCGAAGAGGUCCUCGCCAACAUCCGCAGGGAAGUGGGAGGACGCGGCGCUCAGAGCUUGGACUCGGUGGCCAUCGAAAAGGCGAAGCAAAUGCUAAAGCUCGCGAACAAGCAGGGGUGUGCUAGCAUUGUGGAACGAUUCGAUACCGAUGCUGAGUAUACCCUGGCAUCCCUCAACAACGGCUACGACCGUGACUUCUUGAGGACGCAAGAUGUGCUUGUUCAUGGUAUUUUGCCGAACCUUGGUCGCAAUCAGGCCCAGCGGACCCUUGGCACCGGCGUCCACGGAUCUGGAAGCUGGGACCGACCGGAAUCCCCGGAAAGCGUCGCAAGGUUGCUCUACCUGCACGACUGUAAUCCAGCCGCCCUUAGGGCAGGCCUGCUGGGGACUGAACAGGACGACCCGCUCGCAAUCAUGUGGUUGGGGGUCGCCUACAGCAUUUCGGGGUUCAUCCAAGUGUUCCUGCAGCACCGUGCAAUUGACAGGCUGCAGUGCUUCACCGAGACUCUCUACCUCGACCCCAGCCUGGAUUACACAGCUGCAGAAUGGGACCUAUGGCUGAGGCAGAGACGGAACACGCAGCUCCAACCAGCCAUUCGUGCCCAUGAAGAGCGACUUGCUGAUGCUGAAUGUUCCCGGGCAGCACAACGUGCCGCUGAUGAACGCCGUGCGACAAAGGGUGAGAGCAAAGGGGGAAAGAAGGGCUCAACAAAGGGGCCUCAUCCCUACGCUCGUGGCGGCUAUGGCUACCAUCGCUGA